UCCCCUCGCCUGACCUCUUCGCCACGCCUAUUGCCACCAGUGCUCUCACUGGCUCCAGCGUACCAGGGCAGAUCAUAGUGGCAGAGACAGGCCUGCUGCUGCUCAAUGCUGGCCGGGCUGCCGUGCGGCUGAGCGUCAGCAGCCGAUGUGACAGGCCCAUUCAGGUGGGCAGCCACUAUCACUUCGUGGAGACCAAUCCGCUGCUUUUCUUCGACCGCCAGCUGGCAUACGGUUACCACCUCAACAUCCUACCUGGCACUGCUGUGCGCUUUGAGGCCCUUUCCAGCCCCUCACUCUCUCCCUCUCCUUUUCUCACGUCGACAGCCUGGCGAGACCAAGCAGGUGGUGCUGGUGGCGAUGAGGGGCAAGAAGAGGGCGAUCCGAGGUUGCAUUGCAACACUGUUAUAUUGCCGUGCCACUUGCUUUGGAUCACCCUUCCCUUCCUCUCCUUUCCGUUAUCUCUUUCCAUCCCUUCCAACUCCUUCCAUCUGCAGCCUGGCGAGACAAAGCAGGUGGUGCUGGUGGCGAUGGGGGGCAAGAAAGUGAUCCAGGGCGGCAACGGGAUAGCGAGUGGAGCAGUGGACGAGAGCAGGGCGACCAAGGUGGCUGCUAAGGCUGUGGCCAUGGGAUUCGGACAUCAAGGGGGUGGUGGGGAUGGACGUGGUCCUGACAGGUCUCGACUCCUCAUUCCCUCUCCUUCCCCACCUCUCUCCCUCAUCUCGUGCAUGCAGCAAGGGGGUGGUGGGGACGGACGAGGCACUGACAGUGGGAGUGGAGAGGGAGCGAUACGCAGACGUGUUUGGCCCCACGGUGGGGGACAGAGUGCGGCUGGGAGACACUGCGCUGCAUUUGGCCCCACGGGGGUUACCUCUCUUCACUCCCUCCCCUACCCGCCUCCCUCAUCCUUUCGUCCAUGCAGCAAGGGGGUGGUGGGGACGGACGAGGCCCUGACAGUGCGAGUGGAGAGGGAGCGGUAUGCAGACGUGUUUGGCCCCACAGUGGGGGACAGGGUGCGACUGGGAGACACAGCGCUGGUGGUGGAGGUGGAGAGGGAUUUCACAGUGCUGGGCGAUGAGUGCAAGUUCGGAGGGGGGAAGGUGCUCAGAGAAGGCAUGGGGCAGGCAACGGGAGUGAAGGCAGAGGACGCCCUGGACGUGAUAAUAACGAAUGCGCUUAUAGUGGAUCACUGGGGCAUAGUGAAGGCGGACGUGGGCAUCAAGGGCACGCGCAUCGCUGCCAUUGGGAAGGGCGGCAACCCGGAUGUGAUGGAUGGGGUGGAUGAGCACAUGGUGGGCAUUGGGAAGGGCGGCAACCCGGAUGUGAUGGAUGGGGUGGAUGAGCACAUGGUGGUGGGGGUGAGUAUACUGGCUGGCAUUAUGGGCACACGCAUCGCAGGCAUUGGCAAGGGUAGUAACCUGGACGUCAUGGAUGGGGUGGACGAGAAUAUGGUGGUGGGGGGCAUGCGCAUCGCUGCCAUUGGGAAGGGCGGCAACCCGGAUGUGAUGUAUGGGGUGGAUGAGAACAUGGUGGUGGGGGUGACGACAGAGGUGACGACAGAGGUGAUAGCAGGCGAGGGGCUGAUUCUCACAGCAGGGGGCAUCGACACGCACGUGCACUUCAUCUGCCCUCAACUGGCGGACGAGGCCAUCUGCAGUGGUCUGACCACGCUAGUGGGAGGCGGUACAGGGCCGGCACACGGCACGCUAGCCACCACAUGCACGCCAUCCCCCGACGCCGUGGGACUCAUGCUGUCACUUCCACCAGACCAGUACCACCACCACUACAGCAUUAUCACCUGCAUCUUUCUCUUCCCUUCUCUUCCCACUGUGCAUGCAUGCAGCCCUGAGGCCAUGACAGACAUCAUCAAAGCGGGAGCAAUCGGGUUGAAGCUGGGGCAAAGAAGGAUUGGGGAUUGGGGUACCACCCCCGCAGCCAUUGACACGGGCCUGGGCGUGGCAGAGGAGCAUGACGGCAACACGUCCAGCCCCGAGGGCCUCUGGGACAUCAUUAAAGCGGGAGCCAUCGGGUUAAAACUCCACGAGGACUGGGGCACCACCCCUGCAGCCAUUGACACGUGCCUGGGCGUGGCAGAUGAGAAUGACGGCAACACGUCCAGCCCCGAGGGCCUGCUAGACAUCAUCAAAGCGGGAGCAAUUGGGUUGAAACUCCACGAGGACUGGGGCACCACCCCUGCAGCCAUUGACACGUGCCUGGGCGUGGCGGAGGAGUAUGACGUGCAGGUGACUAUUCACACGGACACUCUCAAUGAGUCGGCGUGUGUGGAGCAGACCAUCGCUGCCUUCAAGAACCGCACCAUCCACACCUACCACAGUGAGGGAGCAGGGGGCGGGCAUGCACCGGACAUCAUCAGCAUCUGUGGGGAGAGCAACGUGCUACCCUCCUCUACCAACCUUCCCCCCUGUAACCUCCUCCUUACUUCUCCCCUUCAACUAUCCCUAUCACUGCGUGAAUUGUGCAGUGAGGGAGCAGGGGGCGGCCAUGCACCGGACAUUAUCAGCAUCUGUGGGGAGAGCAACGUGCUACCCUCCUCCACCAACCCCACUCGCCCCUUCACCACCAACACCAUUGACGAGCAUCUCGAUAUGCUGAUGGUGUGUCACCACCUGGACAGCAACAACAGGGAGGAUGUGGCAUUCGCCGAGUCACGAAUCCGGGCCGAGACCAUCGCAGCAGAGGAUAUACUCCACGACAUGGGGGCAAUCAGCAUGAUGUCAUCAGACUCCCAAGCCAUGGGUCGCAUAGGGGAGGUCAUCACACGCACCUGGCAGACCGCGCACAAGAUGAAGGUUCAGCGCGGGCCUCUUAACGAGGAUAAAGAUUCUGAGGGGCUUGGGUCCGCGCCGAAUGAUAAUUUCCGGGUGAAGAGAUACUUGGCAAAGUAUACGAUUAAUCCCGCGAUUGCGCACGGGUUUUCGCACGUGGUGGGGUCGGUGGAGGUGGGGAAGAUGGCGGAUCUGGUGCUGUGGCGGCCGGCGUUCUUUGGCGCGAAGCCGGAGAUCGUGGUGAAGGGGGGAGCGAUCGCGUGGGCACAAAUGGGCGAUGCUAAUGCUAGUAUUCCCACUCCCGAGCCGGUGAGUGUGCCUGUUUCAAAUGUAACUUUGGUGUUUGUGAAGCCGGAGAUUGUGGUGAAGGGGGGCGCAAUUGCGUGGGCGCAGAUGGGCAAUGCCAAUGCCAGCAUCCCCACUCCAGAGUUGUACUGGCAGAUUGUUGAUGCAAAGCAGAUAUUGAGUCGACUCAACAGUCACCUCGACUCAAUACCCACUCCUUCCCUCCCCAUUCCCCCCAACCCCGCACGUCCCACCAUCCCCAGGUCAUCAUGCGACCGCAGUUUGCAGCAAGUGGCAAGGCAGUUGGUGGGCGCUGCUUGGCUUUCGUUAGCCAGCUGUGCCACGAGACUAGGAAGGGAAACUGGUAGAGGAAGCUACAAGCAGAAUGGAGCAGCAGGCACAAGGUCAACGGGAGGAGGAGAAGCAGCAGGGGAAAGGGGAGCAUCUCCCCUCCGCUCCGCCCCUGCCAUCGGACUGGGCGGUGUGGCAGCUGCUGGACUCGCUGCUGCCUGCUGGUGGCUUCGCCUGCUGGUGACAGUCAGGGGCAUCAUGGAGAAUCAAGGACAGCAGGGGGAGGGGGAGCAUCGCCAGGCCCCUCCGCCCCUCCCGUCUGACUGGGCGGUGUGGCAGCUGCUGGACUCGCUGCUGCCUGCUGGUGGCUUUGCGCACUCGCUGGGACUGGAAGCAGCAGCCCGAGCAGGCUUCCUUGGUGGCGCUGGGAGAGGGGGAGGUGCGGCAGGUGGCGCGGGGAGAGGGGCAGGUGGAGCAGGUGGAGGGGCAGGUGGAGGGGCAGGUGGCGGAAGGAGUGAGAUGGUGGCGUCGCUGCGGGUGUUUGUGCUCACGGCAGUGCAUGCCAACGCUGCUCUGCUGCUGCCGUUUGUGGCCACGGCUCAUGGGAUUGCGAGUGCCAGCAUUAAUGCAUCGGCGUUGGCAGGAGCAACGGCAGCAGGAUUAGGGGACGAGCGUUUUUCUUUUGAAGAGCCGGUCCUUCAGCCAAUAGUGGAGCAACACGUGGCACAUGGCACGUUUGGCGACGCCCUGGCAGCAGCCGACAGCUGUCUGAACGCCAUGCUGGCGAAUGACGUGGCACGCAAGGUCUCCCUCUCUCAGGGCUCAGCCUUGCUUCGUGUGGCCUCCACAGUCUUCCCCGAAGCCUCUCCCCUGCUCUCGACCUAUCGCACGAGGACACGUCAGCAGGGACAACCAAGUCAACCCAGUCAACCCACUCAAAAUCCCUCAUCUCCUCGCGCAUACGGCCAUCACGUGGUGAUCUUUGGAGCCCUCUGCGGGUGUCUCUCCAUCCCGCUGCCCUCCGCCCUACGAGGCCUCGUCUACUGCGCUCUCAGGGACUGCCUGUCUGCUGCCACGCGGCUCAACCUGAUUGGCCCACUGCAAGCCGCGGGGAUGCAGAGGGAGAUGGUGAGGGAUGCUGAGAGGAUAGUGGCGGAGGUGGGAGGAGGGGAUGGGGGUCAAAGAUAUGGGAGCGGAGGGGGUGGUGGUGGGGAUGUGGGAGGACCGAGAAAUGACCCCAUGCCGCUAUGCAUGGAUGCGGCAUGUCAGGUUGCUGCCUCGGGGGUGGAUGCAGUGUGGGCGUACAUAAUCACCUAUGGGGGCGGCAUGUCAGCAGCAGUGCUGCACCCACUGCCUCCCCUGACGCUUCCCUCUCUUUCCCUCCCACCCUCUUUCCCUCCCACCCUCUUUCCCUCCCACCCUCUUUCCUCCCCCACCGGCUCUCCCAUUGUUGCAGGUGGCAGCCUCAGGGGUGGACGCAGUGUGGGCAUACAUAAUCACCUAUGGGGGCGGCAUAGUGGCAGGAGACAAGGUGACUCUGUCUUGUGCGGUGCAGUGCGGUGCCACGGCCGUCUUUGCCUCCCAGGCAUCUACAAAGAUCUUCCACUCCAUGCCAGGAUCUUCCACUCCAUGACAGGCACCCCACCAGCUCGCCAGCUCAUCACCGCAACCAUCCAGCCUGGCGCCUUGCUGGCGGUGCUCCCCGAACCAAUCACGUGCUUCCGAGCAUCGCAGUACCAGCAGCUGCAGAGCAUCCACGUGGCGCCAGGUGGCAGCCUCGUAUUGGUCGACUGGCUGACGAGCGGGCGGCGGGAUCGAGGAGAGGUGUGGGAGAUGGAGUGUUAUGAGAGCUGUAACCGCAUCUACCGGGAAGGAGAGGAGAUCCCUCUAGUCUUUGACAAGGUGAAGCUUUCAGCCAAUGCGGUGGUGCCACCUGGACAGCAGCUGGAGGGCAUUCAUGCGCUCACCUCCAUCAUUGUCCUGGGUCCAUGA